AUGCCAUUUCCCCCUACCCCCACCGGUGAGAGCAGCACUCACUCCGGCAACUGCCAUUGCGGUGCCGUGCGGUUCAACUUCACAUUAUCGCCACCCCUGCGCGAGUACCCUACCAAUAGCUGCAACUGCUCCAUCUGCACAAAGAACGGCUACUUGCUCGUGUACCCGUUCACCAAGGAUUUCACCAUCGAAAAAGGUGAGGAUACGCUAAAAGAUUAUCAAUUUGCCGAGCGUAAGGUGAAGCACCAAUUCUGCGGGGAGUGCGGAAGUAGUUGCUUCAUCCGUCUUCCAGAGGAAUUCGGACCGGUCACUGCCGUGAAUGUGCGACUACUACAGAACAUUGACAUUGAAAGCCUGAAUCUUAACAAGGUUGAUGGAAGGUCGAUCGGGCAAGAGUACAAAGUUUAG